UAUGCGUGUAGGUUAGGUUAGGUUAGGUUAGAUUCAUGCUUUAUUUACUGUUGACUUUGUGCUAAAUGUGUUAAAAAUUUGUUAUUUUCACUUGCAAAUUGUAAAAAAUUAAUUAUCAAAAUGGCUAUGGCAAUGCUGCAACGUCGGGCAAAUGUAAGGCUGCCCCCAGAAGUAAAUAGAAUUCUCUAUGUGAGAAAUUUGCCUUAUAAAAUUAGCGCAGAAGAAAUGUACGAUAUUUUCGGGAAAUACGGAGCCAUUAGACAAAUUAGAGUAGGUAAUACUGCUGAAACACGAGGCACUGCAUUUGUUGUAUACGAGGAUAUUUUUGAUGCUAAAAAUGCAUGUGAUCACUUAAGUGGUUUCAAUGUUUGUAAUCGAUAUUUAGUAGUUUUGUACUAUCAAAGUAAUAAGGCAUUCAAGAGAGUUGACUUGGACAAAAAGCAAGACGAACUAGAGAAACUAAAAACUAAAUUUAAUCUCGAUGAGAAGAAAUAAGACGAAUUUACUAAACAGAACGAAUCAAAGAAGAGGAAAAAAAUUGGAUUCUCAACUAUUUGCAAAUAUUAUAGAAAAAUAGGAUUGUCAUUUGUCAGAUAAAUUGUCUGAAGCGUUCAAUCCAAAACAGUUGACUUAUCAACGAAUGCAAUCUUUGAAUGUGUAUGAUAAUUCUCUAUUUCGUGACAAAUUACAUAAAUAUGUGUGUAUUAAGUUGAGACAGGCGCGUUUUCAGUCAGCCACCCGCACACAAAGAGACGAGUCGAUGGUCUCUUGUGGACUGCAUAUAUAUAUAUGUAGUGUUGAGUCGUUCCCGUCGUGGGGGAAUUACGUAUUUGCGACUGGUUUUUUUUUUUUUUUUUUUUUUUCUCUUAUUCGCGUAAAUAACAAGUCGAUCUGAUGUUGUCAACAAAGUAUGAGAAUUACCAACGAACGUGAAUUACAUAUAUAAAUAAUACCAAAUGUCAUAUGAGUGUUGUGGAGACGGCCAUGCCGCAGGUGAUACAUUUCUAACAUCAUUGAGUGAAUUUUAUAAAAUUAUUUUCAAUUUUCCUGAUAAAUUUUCAGAAUUUUUCAAUUCUACCAAUCAUCUAUUGUGGUUUACUUUUAUUUUGUUGAGCUUAUUUUUUUUAAUUAUUGUGAUAGUAAAUUAUUUUUUCUCAUCAACUUAUUUCCCAUUGGCUGACAAUUGGUUGUUGCGCGAUAGGUCGCGUGGCGCUGAACCUCAUUGCGGCGAGGAAAAUCGUUUACUAUCGAAGAGUAUUUUACCGGGUCCCUCGACAGAAAGGGUCAUGAAUGAACUAGAGAAAUGACGAGAGAGAGGAGGGAAAGGAGGGAUCUGCCUGCUUUCUUGUUCGCAUGCUUUAAAAGAGGUGAGUGUAUGCAAUAAUAUGUAUGUGUGUGUGUAUGCAUCUCUCUCCCCCCCCUCCAAUGUGUUGCUCCAAAAGAUCAACGUUGUAUAACUUAUUCAAGUUCAAGAUCAUCAGAUACUUGUACUUCAUUUCUAACAAGAGUCUAAUAGAAUGUAAUAGAGUAAAAUAGAACUUUUUCAAAAUUCAGAUAUUGAUCAUUUUUUUUUGCUAGUAUUAACAAAAUAAACAUACGAAUUCAAGAUUAAAGGGGUUUAGAUUUUUUUAUAAAACAAUUAUGUUGUACAUUUAUAAUGUAAUAAUAAAUAAUAAUCUACUUUGAAAGUA